CCAAACUUGGUGAGACGCGAGAUGAGUCCUCCCAGCUAAGGGCGUUGCAAAUCCUUGGUGGCCCCGCCUUCCUUUCACCUGCACUUCUGCCCCUCCCACCCUGCCACCGUUCCAGGUGAGUCAAGCGUCUGCUCUGGCCCGCCCACCUGUCCAGGUUCAGCAGUCGCUGCCGGAAGCCACCUCCACGGGCCCGUGCACCGUGUCUGAAGGACUUGUGCCCCAGGGCUGCCUGGAGCCUGGGCUGUUCCUGGAGCCAGGGCUUUUUCUGGAAGAGGCCAAGGCUCACCGACGUCAUCAGGGCCUCUCCAUGACUGACAACGCAAACCUAAGUGAGUGGUAGAGAGGUAUGGAUGGCUGAGGAUGGAUUGGGUCCCCUCAGCUCCUGAGAGAGGAGAAAGAGCUACGCCCACACUCCCUCGGUUUCCCCUGGCAACCCCAUCUAGGGAGCCGCUUUUAACUCUGUCUCUUUCUCUGCAGCCGGAUUCCCAGUGUCCACCAAUGCAACUAUGGCCCCGGCACUGGGCACCGGGGGCCGGGCAUGGCCCGUGCUGGUAGGGGUUGUGCUGGGGGCAGUGGCGCUCUCCGUUCUCAUCGCACUCGCUGCUAAAUGCCACCUUUGCCGGCGAUACCAUGCCAGCUACCGACAUCGUCCGCUGUCUGGAGCCAGGGAUGGGAACCGCCCACAGGUGGGUGAAGAUGAGGAUGAUGAUGGCUUCAUCGAGGACAAUUACAUUCAACCUGGGGCUGGUGAGAUGGAGGCGUCGGGAAGCCGGGACCACUUCUCUCUAUGAGCCCCGUCGUUGGAAACUCCCCAUCCCACUCCAUGUCUGGCCGGUUAAAGACAGCGCGCAUCCAGCCUCAGGGUCAGAAGCCUCUGGUAUCUAAAGUUCGACCAGGAGUCAGUUUUCUAACACUUAGUUGCCUAAGUGACAAUUCUGUUUCUCAAUAACUCUCUGUGGCUCCCUGCUGUCCUGGGAUACAGCCUCAGUGAAUGAAUGUGGGGGAACCGCCCCUGUGAGCAGGCGUCUUAAUUUACUUCCUUUGCCUCCCUCCUCCCUGCUUUACUAUGGUUUUGUUUUUGUUUUUAUAACUACAGUCACCCCCUGACUGGCCUACCUUGACCCUCUUCAUGAUGGCAGCCCUGACUCACAGGUGCUCCCGCCCCCCCCACCAGAUUUCACACAUGUCCUACCCAGCAGGAGAAGACCGUGCCAAAUUUCUUACUGAAAUUUUUUAUCUUAUCAAUACAGUAUGUGACUUGGCUAUAAUAUAUUGUGUUUUUCACAGUAAUCAAUAAAUCUGUUUUCAUUUUGGAUUAACAUAAGUCAUUCCUUUUACGUUUUUAUCUGCACCUAAAUGCAUUGCUCAUAGCUGGUAGACACUGUGUAGACCUCC